AUGGACUGGGAUCGUCUCGAUUGGCUCCUCGCACCCGUCCUUGUUGGGCUGGUGAUCAUUCUGGCCGCGCGUGUUACUGGCUUCUGGUGGUGUUUGGCCUACCUUUUGCUGUCCACACUCGCUGUGGCCCUCCUCCAUGCCCGGUGGAGGCGCCGGGGCGGCUUCGCUGAGUCAGAUGGUGCAGAGAGGAGCUCUGCAAAAUGGGCUUUGGCUUCGCGGGCGGUGUGCUGGGGCGUUGCCUUCAUCGCCGUGGAGUUUCCCUUUCGGAAGUGGGGCUUUGAGACCUUCACAACCUUUACACUCUGGACCUGGCUUAACAUGUUCAUCUACUUCUCGCUGAUGCUCUUGAAGAGCCUCUACGACUUCUGCCGAGGCUCCAAGAGUGCAGCCAGCACGCGCAGCGGCAUGCUGCUGUGGUUCGAGGUUCUCUAUGGCAUGGCAUGGCUCGUCGAUGCCAUGUAUUGGCUGGUCUUGGUGCCCUACGCCGCCUUCAAAGAGGGAGACGGGGGCUUGGCCCGUCGCACGACGCGGCUGAAUAUCUACCUCCAUAGCCUCAACGUCGUGCUCAUGAAUCUGGAGCUGGCCACGAUGAGCUGCGGCGUGAGCAUCUACCACUCCAUCUUUGGGAUCUACUUCGGCGUCGUCUACAUUGGCUUCAACUGGAUCGUGCACGAGGUCAAGGGGGGCUGGACGUACUUCUUCCUCGACUUUACUCGGGACGACGCCACACUGUACCUUCUCCUGCUGCAAGUCGUGGUGGUUCUCUCCUUCGGCAUCGGCGCGCUACUGUCGCAGUGCAUGGCCCGCAUCCAGAGAAGGCGCUACACGCCAACUCCAGCGUGCAAAGGCAGCCCCAACGGUACGGAUGAGGAGGAUGUUUACAGGGGUCUGGAAAUGCAGCCUGUGCAGCCGGCUUCCCCUGUGGGUGCAUCAGGAUCCGCAGCAUGA